ACGAGCCGCGCCAGCCGGGCUGGAGUGGACCCGGCCGGCCACAGAGGACUUCUCUUCCCCCUGCCGACGAACUGCACCCAGCCCGGAGGGCGGCCAGCAUGGACUCCGACGCCAGCCUGGUGUCCAGCCGCCCUUCUUCGCCGGAACCCGACGAGCUCUUCGUGUCGGCCAGGAGUAAGAGCGGCGGCGGCGGCGGGGGCUUCUCCUCCUCGGCGGCGGGCGGCGCCGUCUCCAGCUCGACCCCCAGCGAUUCCCCGGCCGAGCUGAGCGCCGAGCUGCGCAGCGCCAUGAGCGCCGCCGGGGUGGUGAUGGUGGACAAGCUGGCCUUCAAGUCGCCCUCGUCGUCCUCGUCCUCCUCCUCCUCCUCCUCCUCGGCCUCCUCCUCGGCCUCCAAGAAGGACAAGAAGCAAAUGACGGAGCCGGAGCUGCAGCAGCUGCGCCUCAAGAUCAACAGCCGCGAGCGCAAGCGGAUGCACGACCUCAACAUCGCCAUGGACGGCCUGCGGGAGGUGAUGCCUUACGCGCACGGGCCCUCGGUGCGCAAGCUCUCCAAGAUCGCCACCCUCCUCCUGGCCCGCAACUACAUCCUGAUGCUCACCAACUCCCUGGAGGAGAUGAAGCGCCUCCUCAGCGAAAUCAGCUUCCAGCACUGGGGAGGCAUGCCGUGCCCGUGCAGCAUGUGCCAGGUGCCCGCCCCGUCGCACCACCACGUCGCUGGCAUGAACACGGCCAACCUGCCCAGACUCACCAGCGACGCCAAAUGAAGACCGGAGGCGGGAACGGGGGGAGCGGGGGGGCGAGCGAGGAGAAAGGCCCUCCCUCCUCCCGCGGAAAAAGGGGCCGCGGGCCACGCGAAGAGACUCCUGCCCUUCCCGGACCUACAAAACUGGAAUCGCCCACUCGAUCCCCUGCGGCCGCCCCCGUUUUGCCGCCCGCUGCCCAGGGAGGCGCUCAGAUCGUCCUGGGGACCAACCAGCCUGGAGACUCCCAGCGAUAAAGCCGUCGGAGGGGGAAGAGACGCGACUCCUUCCCUGCCCUAGAAACUCCUGCCACGGACUUGGACGCGGGGGGGGGUCCCCUGCAACUCCGAUUCUGCCCCCCCAACACAUCCCCCCUCGUGUGUAAAAUUCACCGCGCGUUGCUUUGGGACUCUCGGCUGCAGCUUCCGUUCGUUAAAAAAACGCCUGCUAGAAGACGAGGCAAGUAGGCUUUGAGCGCCUGGCGGAACCGACGCUGCCUUGCGUGGGUUUUUUUUUCUCCCCCUUUUUUUGAAUCUUCUUUUGGGGGAGGGGAGGGGGUGCCGCCUUUUCUUCUGACGGUUCCGCUCUUCAGGCAGACCAAAAGAAAUGUACAAACACUCCGAGGGACACGGACCUGAUUAUAUACUGGAAGUCACACUUUUCGAAGUCAAGGGGGUUUCCGUUGCAAAUCGACGCGUUUCGAUCCCAAUUCUGUAUGGAAAUAAAAUGGUCCGCGGAGUCAGCUCCAAACUUUGCCGGCACUUCACACCCGAUCGGGCCGCAUUUACCUUCUAGGCUGAUAGGCUGAGAGCUGUUGGAGAUGAACGCCCCCUCCCCGCCCCCCCCCUUUUCGAAAAAGUUGACUUCCCAGUGCUCCCAACCAGACCCAUUUAGAACUGGCUGUAUUGGUCUCCAUUGCUGUCCAAGUGGCGGCGCGAUCUCGAACCCCCUGCGAGGAGGUGACCCUUCAGGCCGAUAGGUUUUCUUUCCACACAAGAGACCUGGUCGUUUCAAAGGGAAGCCGUACGAAAGGGCGAUACUUCUCAAGAGGGAAAACGUGUGCAGCCUGCUGUCUCUCUUCGUGCGGACGCUUAAGAGAGCCAGAUGGGAUGCGAUGGGGCUCCGUCGCAAGUACGGCGGGCCGUGUAGGUAGUAGGAUCAUAGGGGGCCGAAGGGAUGGAGACCUUUGGGAUCAGGCCCGGAUCACUUGGAUCUGUCGUUUGUCCAAGCCCUAGGCUGCAAUCCCACGCACACCUUUCCCAGAGAAUUCAGUCCCAUUGGACUGAACGGGGUUGUCAGAGUAUUAAGGUAAAGAAAAAAGUUAUGCACUGUUGGUGCUUCUGGGGAGAGGCGCUUGCCAAUACACAGCGUACCGUCUGGCGGGUCUUAGCCUUUUGCUGAGCUUUCUUCCCAGUCUCCUGCGAGUUAAGGGCGUCUUCUGCUUUUGCUUUCACGAUCCUCAGCAUCACUUUUUCCUUCCCAAACUUAACAGGCAAAUUCCCCCCUACCACACACAGAACAGACGCUCCACCUCCCUUUACAAGAGACCGGCUGCAACGUGUAUUCGGAUUGCUCCCUCUUGUAUCCUCACCCCUCCAGAUUUUUUUCCGAAUAACCUAUUUUGUUCUCCCCUCUUAUUUUAGCGCUGUCACCUUCAAGAGAUUUUUUAUCGCCUGUUUAUUUUUAUAUAAAAAAUAAAGAAAUGAAAAAUUGUUAAAUAAUAUUUAUUGUU